AUGUCCGAAACUCAAGUGAUGAACUUGAUCCCCUCCCUGCGCCAAGCAGGGCUGUUUCCUAGCUCCGCACCCCUCAUCCCAGAGGACUUUACCCCGACAACAGAACUUCAGGUCACAUUUGGCGAGAAAUCAGUUUCUCUAGGAAAUCUGUUCAGAGUCAGUGAUUGCAAAUCAGCUCCGAAGAUAUCAUUUGCGGCCGAGGUUUGUAAUCGUAUAUCAUUGAUGCGGGAUUUCCCCGCUCGGGGCUUAAGGCUAAUUAAUGUACAAAAGAGGGACCUUGAAUCUCCACAGACAUAUACCUUGCUCUUGAUCGACCCAGAUGCACCGACCCCAGAUGACCCCAAAUUUGCAUACUGGCGACAUUGGGUCGUUUCCGGACUACAACCGUCAGGGGCACCUGAAACUGUUCAGACAUUAACAGAGUAUCUAGGUCCUGGACCUAAAGAUGACUCGCGACCACAUCGGUACCUAUUUCUGCUGUUCCGCGAGCCACACGGCCUAUCACUCUCAAAGGAAGAUGUCGGGGGUGAAGAGUUUACGGCUCGAAGGUCGUUUAAAGCUGCUGAGUGGGUGCAGCAGCAUGGACUGGAGCUCGUUGCUGUGAACUGGAUGCUAGGUGCUGGGGAUGGUUGGCAUGAAUGA